GGCAGAUUGUGCAACAGGAAACAGAGUGAGACAAAUGACGAUAAUGAGUACAUUAAAAUUGCCGCUAUUUACGGCGGCGCUUAGUUCAAAUUCCGGCCGAGCACUCGCCGGAGACACAGUCUCCGGCUUCCAACCGUUAUCCCUUCGAUUACCUCAGCAACGUCGAUUCGCGUCUCUCUCGAUUCAAUCCGAAAAUGCUUCCUCAUCGGAGCUGUCCGAUCAGUCUCGCCUCACAUCCACCGUUGGAUCUUCUCCGGCCCUUCAGCUCGUCCUCACUCCUCGCCACAUUCAAAUCCUCAGUUUCAUUGCCUGCACAGCAGCGAUUUCUGCAACCUGGCUGUUUUGCUCUGCGAUUCCAACUCUACUGGCCUUUAGAAGAGCUGCAUCAUCGCUUGAGAAGCUAAUGGAUGUCAUGAGAGAGGAGCUUCCUGAAACAAUGGCUGCAGUGCGGUUAUCUGGAAUGGAGAUUAGUGACCUGACAAUGGAGCUCAGUGACCUUGGUCAGGAAAUAACACAUGGCGUGAGACGCUCUACUCAAGCUGUCCGUGUAACAGAGGAAAGGCUGCAACAGCUUACAAACAUUACACGAUCAGCAACCACGCAGGCCCCAAUGCAGACAAAGAUAGCAGGGCCAGCAGUGGCUAGAAAGGCGAGGGGCAUAAGGGAGGGGAUCGUUAAAGGUCGUGCAGUCUUGCAAAUGCUUUUUACACUUUCUCGGUAUUCUGGGAUGGUCUUCAACUUCUUCAGUUCUCGAGCUAAGGUGCGAGGUUAAUGGCAGGAGCAAGCUUGAAUCUUUUCUUUGUAUGCGGUUUUUGUUUUAGUUUUCAAAUGAGAUUGUUGUUACUUUUUAGUGAGGUACUGCCUUAGUCACUUUGGCUAGAGUAUUGAAUUGCAGAAUUUUAUGAAUGCAUUGGAGGUUGAAACUUGAACAAAGAGUA